AUGAAGGCCAAAACCCCACGUCAGACAGCGAGGUUCUCGCCAUACGCUAUAUCCUCCCAACCAUUAUAUCAACUCUCCUCUCAGCUCAGUCCUGAGCACCAAGACGAAGAGUAUACUGCUCCCACUGGCAAUGCGACUCCGGAUUCGUCCCAAAGUCUCUCGGAUUCGUAUCAAUUCGACUUCAGCAAGCACAAGGGAAGACUCCGUCCAACUUUGAAGGCUGCUCUGGCGGCGCGAGCUUCUUCCCAGCCAACACCAUCAAAAUCAGGAUUGGCCCGUGCUAUCUUAACCCCUCUUUCCUUGUCCAACCUUCAGUCUUCUGGACCUCUCGACAAAUAUGAACUACCUUCCCGACCUAGAGAGCAUGUCCUCCCGUUCGGAAAAUUCAAAGGCACGAAACUGAAAGAUGUUGACGGGACGUAUCUUCAAUGGGUUGCAGAGCAAAUUUGUGAAGGGGCAAUGACCCUUGGCCCCACGCUCACAAAUGCCUUGACAUCGAUGGGCUACACUACAUCCUAUAACUCAGACCUCGCACCGCUUAAGGCUGAUUAUCCAUAUCCUGACUUGAGAACAGCACCAACUGUCUUUCGAGAGGGUGGACACGAAGACAUAUUUUGGUCAAGAAUAACUAUCGAGGAAGCGAUCGUGGAGGCAGAAGUUGGUAAAGAAGUCAGACAAACAGCAGACAAGCACAAAUUGAAGUUCGAUGUACCAACUCGGAUCGGACUUUGUGUUCUUUUUCGUCGAGCUUACAGGGCGCUUUUCCGGGACGGAAUUGUCUCAUUUCAUCCAUAA